ACGUUGACCUUGAAGUCAGAACGCAGAAGCCACAGCUCGCAGGUAGAGAAAGCUAGGUCUUAGCGUCUAGCGCCCAUCGCAUAUCCACGCAUCCACUCAUCCAAACCGUCGAAUUAUCAACUUCUCCGAUUUCUAAGCCUCAUCACCAAACCACAUCAAAACCACCUCAUCCUAACCCCACGGAACCGGCUAUUCCAUUUCUGCUUCGCCGGAAUUCUACAGCCGUGUUCCUGUGUGCGUUGGAUGGUUUGGACCUGGACUUAACGUGCAUCAAAAAUGUACUACAAACACCAUGACUGCCGUCACGUUCUCUUCCCGUAGCGCGUACACUUCUGGGCAGCAUUCGACCCAUCAGAUUCCAACCAUUUCGUCGCCGCACUCUCGCCUUAAUCUCCUUACAGCCGAUUCCAACUCUACUUCCCUCCGCGACCACCCAACCGAGGCGACUAAUCCUCCCAUAACUAAUGGUACUUCUACAAAUAUGCCUUCACGACUAGGCACAGGCGGCUCAAUUUAUGCGGCACGAGAUUCCGAGCCGGUGAACGGCCGUCCGCGCACAGCAACAGAGGAGAGAGAGACGGUAGACCUCGACCGACGCCCUUUGACUGCUCCCGGAAACAAGCACAAUAUUUCCCUUAACAUACCCCAAGAUGAUUCCGAUCACGAUAGACCCAGUAGGAGAGUAAUUUCCAAGCCACCGCUGCUAAGGUCGAAGAGCGAGCACGUGGUAAGACGCGAAGAUGCAGACCAGGUAGACGAGGAGAUCUACGAAUGGGGCGCGCGACAUGGGUUUGAGGACCAUUACCAGUCUGAGGAUAUUAUCUCCCAGCUGGCACAAAAUUGGUACAUGUACUAUACAGAGAAACGACACGAGACUACGGGACAACCCGAGUCGCCUAACUAUGCGAUCGAAGAUUGGCGUAUGCGAGAUCGCUUAAAAACUGUCUCAGCUGCUCUUGCGGUUUGCCUUAACAUAGGUGUUGAGCCCCCGGAUCAGCUGAAGACGAACCCCGGAGCGAAGCUUGAAGCAUGGCAGGAUCCAUUCGUACCUCCCGCGGCAAAAGCCCUCGAGCAGAUUGGAAAGUCUCUGCAAGCGCAGUAUGAGAACAUAUCGUUGCGAACAAGGUAUAAGCAGUACUUGGACCCCUCGGUUGAAGAGACCAAGAGGUUCUGUCAGUCUUUACGGAGAAACGCAAAAGACGAACGUGUUCUCCUGCACUACAACGGUCAUGGAGUUCCAAAACCGACGGCGUCGGGAGAGAUUUGGGUUUUUAACAAAACUUUCACCCAAUACAUUCCGAUCUCGUUAUACGAUCUCCAACACUGGCUUCAGGCGCCUACCAUCUUCGUUUGGGAUUGUUCCGAAGCUGGAAAUAUUCUGAACAACUACCACCGAUUCGUAGAGAAACACGAGGAAGAGGAGGACGCGGCGGCUGCUGCUGACCCGAACUAUGAGAAGACUAAAUAUCGAUCAUACCUUCACCUUGCAGCAUGCGCCGUCAAGGAAAACCUCCCAACCAACCCGCGUCUUCCGGCAGAUCUUUUUACGGCGUGCCUAACUACACCGAUAGAGAUGGCAUUGUGGUUUUUCGUCUUGCAGAACCCGCUUAAGACUAGCAUUUCGCCGGAGAGGGCCAAGAAACUCCCUGGCAGACUGCAGGAACGGAGAACACCACUUGGCGAACUCAACUGGAUCUUUACGGCAAUCACUGAUACUAUUGCCUGGACCUCCUUACCUCGGCAACUGUUCCGUAAAUUCUUUAGGCAGGAUCUCAUGGUAGCUGCUCUCUUCCGUAACUUCAUCCUAGCCCAGCGAAUUAUGAUGGUCUAUGGAUGUCAUCCACAGUCAUACCCAGAACUGCCCGACACUCACCAGCAUCCCCUAUGGGAAAGUUGGGAUUUGGCCGUAGAUUUGGCACUGGCGCAGCUCCCUAUGAUGGAACGGAAAGAGAAUGAGGGGAUCGAAUACGAAUAUCAAAGCUCGUCAUUUUUCGCAGAACAGUUGACCGCUUUCGAAGUCUACCUUGCACGAGGAGAUGCUAUGCAACAGAAGCCGCCCGAGCAGCUUCCUGUUGUUCUUCAGGUCUUGCUUAGCCAACAGCAUCGAGUCCGAGCUCUAAUCUUGCUAGGCAGAUUCUUAGACUUAGGUCCCUGGGCGGUUCAUCUAGCCCUAAGCAUCGGUAUCUUCCCAUACGUGCUGAAACUCCUGCAGUCCGCUGCCGCUGAGUUGAAGCCUGUCAUGGUAUUCAUAUGGACCCGGGUUCUCGCCGUUGAUGUCUCUUGCCAGCCUGAUCUAAUCAAGGACAGCGGCUACAACUACUUUUCUUCGAUCUUGAAUCCAUCCGAGGUCCUUGCUGUCAAUAACAGCGAUGAACAUAAAGCGAUGUGCGCAUUUGUGCUCUCGAUGUUAUGUAAAGGUUACCGGCCUGGCCAGGCUGUAUGCAAUCAAUCACCUAUCAUGACGUUCUGUUUGGCACACCUGAGGAAUCAGGACAACGUAUUACUUCGUCAAUGGGCGUGCCUUUGUAUUAGCCAGCUAUGGCAAGAUCUACCAGAAGCGAAGUGGAGGGGUAUCAGGGAGAACGCGCCCAUGAAGCUGUCAAGUCUGACAAAAGACCAUGCUUGCGAAGUACGUGCAGCUGUCAUUCACGCCAUGACGACAUUCCUAGGAAUUCCAGAUCUUACGGAUGAAGUAGCCAGAAUUGAAGAGUCCAUAGCGUGGACAUUGUUAGACAUGGCGAACGAUGGUAGCCCGCUCGUUCGCAAAGAGCUACUCGUCUUCAUUUCUCAUUUUGUUCUUCGGUACGAGAAUAAGUUUAUUGUUGCCGCCUACGAACAACUUGUUGAAGAGAAGGAGUAUUUACUUUUCCCACCCACGGAUGACGGUCUGGAACAUAAAAUGGGCUUACACUAUGCUCGCCCUGAGAAUCGUAACACAGAUGGCACAAUCAAGGCCUCUGCUCAAGGGCUAUCUUCUAACACAGUAUUUGCAGCUUGUUGGAAGCAUAUCUUAGUCUUGAACGUUGACCCUCACCCUGAGGUCCAGCGUGAUGCAACAAUGGUCGUUGAUUAUGUGCACAACGCACUCCUAUCUUCGUCAGCUGGUUUGCAGGCUCAAAACCUAAUGGAUGAGAUUCAAAGGCGCGUGCAACGGUCCCGAGGCCACAAGAAGCAGCCCUCUACUUCACGAAAUGGCCUUAUGACAUCACAAUCCGAACUUUCUCCCCCAGAACCGUCGCCUGGUCUGCUUAAGCGGACCGCCAGCUUACUAUUCCAGAUACCAAGUAUGUGGGGCGGCGACUCGAUCAGCUCUACACCGUUGCCCUCUCCUGGACUUACGAGGAAUGCCUCUCAACGGAGUAGACUUACUCCAGAUUGGGCUACUCCCCCUGAGCAAAUCGACCAAGCUAACGCCCCGGCACACUAUAACACAGCUAGUGAGCCCGUAUCGGGGAAAUUCAAAGAACGACAACUUGAUCAAGCGCCCACCCUACCACUUCCAAGCACGUUCUUAGACUGGUCAAUAGAAUACUUCCGGGAACCACAAAUGCACCCUAGCGAGGCCGAGGAGCCGGGAAGUACCGAGUACAACGAACGGCUGUGGAGAAGAGCUCGAAAUGAGAACAUACUUCGAGAGACUCAGCCGCAGAAACAAUAUGCUGGUAGUCACAAGUGGAAUAAUCAACUGUGCAUUAUGAACAACGGUGCUCAACCGGCAAAAAUGACGUUUCACCAAUAUGAAGAUCAUCUCGCAGUUGCCGAUGACGGCAACACAGUUUAUAUCUGGGACUGGAAGAAGCAGGCCAGAUUGAACCGAUUCUCUAAUGGCAACCCCGAGGGCUCGAAGAUCAGUGAUAUGACAUUCAUCAACGAGGAUGAUACAGCAUUCUUAAUGACUGGUUCUUCGGAUGGUGUGCUCCGGGUUUAUCGAAACUACGAUUCUCCAAAGAAGACCGAGUUAGCAUCGGCGUGGCGAGCAUUAACCCAUAUGGUUCCUAGCAAUGUCAACUCCGGAAUGGUGUUCGACUGGCAACAGGUGACGGGCAACGUUCUCGUCGCAGGAGAUGUUCGAGUUAUCCGGGUCUGGGCUGCGGCACAUGAAACAUGUAUUAUGGACAUACCCGCACGUUCAGGAUCAUGCGUUACGUCACUCACGUCAGACCAAAUGACUGGUAAUAUCUUUGUGGCUGGCUUCGGCGAUGGUGCAGUUCGUGUGUUUGAUACUCGUCUGCGGCCACAGGAGUCCAUGGUAAAGAAGUGGAAAGACGAUUCUGAUCGACAAUGGAUUCGGAACGUUCACAUGCAGCGUGGGGGCCAGCGUGAGUUGCUCUCCGCAAGCCGAAACGGGAAAGUUAAGCUUUGGGAUAUUCGUAUGGAAUCGCCACUCCGUGUCAUCCAAGCGACACGUGAUACACUCCGAACAGCGAGCACCCACGAACACCUUCCGGUAUUCUCAGUUGGCACAUCCGCGCACACUGUCAAGGUAUUCAACUUUGACGGCCACGAACUCUCCCGGAUGGAACCGUAUUCCAGCUUCUUGCAGCAGAACCGCGGCGCGCCUAUCUCCGCUACCGCAUUCCACCCCCACCGCAUGAUUCUCGGCUGCGCAGCACGCGGAGACCAGCACAUCAACCUCUUCACAUGCGCCAAUCAAAAGCCGGAAGGCUUCAUCGACUCGUUGUAAAUUCUUACCUCGGCCACGACUCAUAACCCACAACCAGCAUGUCCUACAUGUUUCUACUGCAUUUACGUUGCUACCAAACGGGGGACGGUAACGAUCGCAGAACCUUUUUCAACGUUACGACUGACUAGACGCAAUCCCAACUUGCUCUCACAUACAGCAGCGAAAGAGAAGGGGCUUAGACGAUGGGGUUUGCUAAUUUUUAUUAUUUGAUAUCUCUCAACGGAAAGGGCUGGUAAGGCAUGCAUAAGGCGAUAUGUGUGCUCUAGGACGGCGCCGGGUCGUCUUCAGGUGGGCUGGCUUUUGCAUUGUUGGGUUAGUUCCAGUGCGUAGGCGGGUAAUUAAAGGAGGGAGGACUAGAUCAUACAUCUACAUAUGCUGGAGGCAGCUAACCUACUACUCUUAAUAAUACACCGAUUGAUGACUUCUGUGAUGUUGGAUAAAGAGGUGAUGGUCUGAUGAUGUUAUUGUUAUUGCCGGUCCUGUGAACUUUUAUCUUGCUGUGAUUACAUGAAGUGGCCCUUUCGUCAGGUGAAUAGCAGGUUGACUCACGCGGAUGUUUUAUAUUCAUAGUGAAAGCUAUCUAUUUCUUUGGGGAAUGCGGG